AUGCCGGGCCGCGCUCGCUCCUUUCAUCCACGACUUGCGACUUGUGCGUUCCGCGACAUACCUCCUUUGAAGAUUGCACAAUCCAAUACCCUCGCCAUGUACGCGCUCCGGCCGAUCCAGAACUGUAUGUUAGGGAAACGUCGACGCGACAAUGUCGACGUCAACAUCCCAGCAGAACCGCCGGCGAAACAACGCCAUCUAACAUCUCCACCGCCGAAACGUCAGACUCGACCCUCGACGAAGCCUGCGACGACCAGUCAGAACUGUUAUUCGCUGAGGAAUACCAGAGAGCGCGCCAGAAGGGCCAUCGCAGCAAGUAACACUCCCAUCCCAGCUCCCAAUCCAGUCCCAAUCCCAAUCCCUCCCACGAAGCCCAACCUCAAGAAGCGUCAGCACACCGCUGUGGACGCUGAUGUUUCCACAGUUGAACCAAAAGCAAAACGGCAUCACCAGCGCCAUCUAACCUCCCCACCGCCGAAACGUCAGACUCGUUCCUCGACAAGGCCUGCGACGACCAGCCAGAAUCGUUAUUCGCUGAGGAAUACCAGAGAGUGCGCCAGAAGGGCCAUUGCAGGAAGCAACACUCCCAUCCCAGCUCCCAAUCCAGUCCCAAUCCCAAUCCCUCCCACGAAGCCCAACCUCAGGAAGCGUCAGCGCACCGCUGAGGACGCCGAUGUUUCCACAGUUGAACCAAAAGCAAAGCGGCAUCACCAGCGCCAUCUAACCUCUCGACCGACGAAACGCAUAGCCCGUAACUCGUCAAAGCCAGCUAUUCCCACUCAAACCCGUUACUCGCUCAGGAUGACCCCAGAUCGUAUUCGACGAAACAUCGCGGCAUCACCCUCAGCUGCUCCCGUCCCAGAUCCCAUUCCUGCACCCGUCUCAAUCCCAUCCCUUAUCCAAGUCAGUGCCCCGGCCCCCACUUCAGCUACUGUACCAGACCUGACAGCCCCCAGCGACCGAGCCGCCACCUCCUCUUGCAUUCAAGACCGCUCAGUCCCCAUUCAGAUUACUCGCGUCCUUAACCCUGUCAUAGCUCCCAUCUCAGACCCCACCCUGGUUCCUCCUUCAACGUCCAUCCCCUCUCGUUGUUCGGUCAAUCCUGCAAGCACAUUGUCUAAACCUACGCAUCUGCCGUGGUCUCAACUCCCAGAGGUCACACAAACUCGACUGUCUGCUCAGUACAAUGAUCUGAUCACUCGCACCUGGGGAAGCCACUCCAUCCUCUGGACUGACGGGUGGGAUGGUUUCGCUGAAGCUCUGGGUCUAUCCACCUGCCAGAAACCUAUCGGUGUCCCAGAAGAUGAUGUGCUCAUCAUGUUCCGUGACUUACGCGAGGCUCUGAGCACCAUACACAGGAAGAUCAAUUUCUAUGAUUUUUGCCACCAUCAUGUAUUCUCGAAUGAUUUGGACACGUCAAUCAAUGAGGCAUUAGCCCAAGUAGACCCUUCGUUUAUACCAACGUAUUGUGAAGUUGAGGGAUUUCCUCCACAUACUUUAGACCUCCUGCGCAAGGUCAGCGCAAACUGGGGCUUUUAUUUCGCGUAUUCGCCAAAUAAGACAUCGGAGGAAGCUCAUGCAAGCAAGCUAUCCCACGAUCUAAUUCUCGCAACGCAAGAGCUCGGGGCUUCCAUGGACACUGCAACUCACAGUCACAAAGCAACAUCGCACCACGCAGCCUUGGCACAACGCUGCUUUAACGCCCUCUACCUCACUCGCAUCAUCGCCCUCCAGAGAUUCCUAGAUUGCCUACCUCGAGAUAUGGACGCAAAGCUCGCACGCAUUGAAUGGGCUCUAUUUCAAUAUGAUCCACCUCGUCUACCGGAUGGAGACGACAUAUUCUCCGCGAUUUAUCGCCGUGUCACGAGAGCUUGUGGUUCUGUCUUCGAUCUCAAGCGGGCGGCCGAAGGUCGGUUUCGUGCUCUGGUCAAGAAGGACCGGCACCUUUUCCUGAAAAAAAGUGAACUCCAAAGUGAACUCCCGUAUGUUUUGUUCGAGUUUUCCCACCAAUUGCCAUUCCUUCUCGCAGUCGACGAGGUCGAAAAACCUGUUCUCCAGAGCCCUUCGGGCGGUCACCGUCCAGCCUGCUCCCGCCUUGGUGUCAAUGCCCUGUUUUAUGGAUUUGACGCGCCUCCUUGA